ACUGACAGCCUGUAGGAGCCUCUCCCUAUUGCUGCUGCAGGAGAUACUGCCACCCAGCCAGGGGACCAGCGAGAGACCAUGAGGAGCCUGCUUCUUUUCACCAUUCUGGCUGCCUUGGCAGUGGCAGUUCUGUGCUAUGAAUCUCAUGAGAGCAUGGAAUCCUAUGAAAUUAAUCCCUUCACUAACAGGAGAAAUGCAAACACCUUUAUUUCGCCGCAGCAGAGAUGGAGGGCUAAGGCCCAAGAGAGGAUCAGAGAACGCAGCAAGCCUGCCUAUGAGCUCAAUCGGGAAGCCUGUGAUGACUUCAAACUUUGUGAGCGCUACGCCAUGGUUUAUGGAUACAAUGCUGCCUACAAUCGCUAUUUCAGGCAGCGCCGAGGGGCCGAAUGAGAGCAGGAGAAUCCUCUUUUGUUGGAGUCUGGUGCCUGAUUUUGUAUCCCUUUGCAUAGCAUUACUGAAAUAUACAGACACAUACACAGCGCUUCUUUCCAAUAUACUCUUCAGCUGGGCUGCGCCCUUCCUUCCUGCCCCCAGGAAUAAGUACUGAAAGUACCAUGUGUUAGGUUGUAUGAUUAUUACAUAAUAAACUUCUGAUUUGGUACUUU